UAUUUUUAUCUCGAAAAAAAAACGAUCAAAAAAAGCAGUCGAGAAAUAAAAGCGACCAUUUCCGGAUUCAAACAAAAGCGCGCUCGCUGUCAGAGAUGUCAGUGUGAAUCUCGCCGCCAUAGACAAAAGUGCCAUGAAUUAAGUGGGCAGAAAGCCCAAAUAAAUCGGUGAAAAGUGUAGAAUAAUGCAGUGAAAAUGAAUUGGUGGAUAUCUACUGUACUUCUGUGCUGUGCUAUCUCCGGGAUGCACACCCAUCAGUCCCGGAAAGAGCCCAAGAUUCUCAUUGUCACCCUAAUACGCAACAAAGCACAUACACUCCCGCUUUUCUUCACAUAUCUCACCCAGUUAGAUUAUCCCAAGGACAGAAUAGCACUCUGGAUUCGCUCGGAUCACAAUGCCGAUGCAUCCCUGGAGAUUGUAGGUGAGUGGCUGAAAGAGAUGAGGUCAAAAUACCAUUCUGUCCACUACACAUUCAAUGCCAGUGAUCCUCUGCGUCGGGAAGAAUUGUCUCCCACUCAUUGGCCACUUGAGCGUUUCAAGGAUGUCAUUGCCAUGAAGGAGGAGGCUCUAAGAUUGGCCAGAGAAAUCUGGGCAGACUAUGUUUUUUUUUUGGAUGCUGAUGCCUUUCUCACAAAUCCCUCAACACUGAGGAAUUUGGUGAGCAUUGGAGCACCCAUUGUGGCUCCAAUGCUGACAUCCGAUGGGCUGUACUCCAAUUACUGGUGUGGCAUGUCCGAAGAUUUCUACUAUGAGCGCACUGAGGAGUACAAGAAAAUUCUCAAUAGGGAAAAUGUUGGAGUUUUCUCUGUGCCAAUGGUACAUAGUGCUGUUCUUGUCGAUCUCAAUCAUCCUGAAAGUGAUUUGCUGACUUUUGACAAGGAUGUCCUCAAUUUCCAUUUGGAAUCUCUCAAUUCUCAGCACACUUACAAUGGUCCAGUCGAUGACAUCAUCAUUUUUGCCAUGUCAGCCAAUUACUCAGGAAUUCCCAUGAAGAUUUCCAAUGAGGUGGCUUUUGGGUAUAUAAUGGUGCCAUUGGAGCAAGAUGAGGAUAUCCGGAGGGAUCAGGAUCAAAUGACAAAUAUUCGUUUGAUGAUAUGGAAUGAUCUGGAGCGAUUGGAUGUACUUCCGAAUCUUAGGAAGUACAUCAAAGAGCCGAAAAAGGAUCGAAUGACACUUUCGAGGAUUUUUAUGGUGAAUCUCAAGCGUCGUCCUGAGAGACGAUGGAAGAUGGAAGGGAGUUUUAGGGAAUUGGGACUCGAUGUUGAGUACUUUGAAGCUGUGGAUGGAAGGGAAAUUGAUGAGGAGUUCUUAAAUGAUUGGGAAAUUGACUUUCUGCCAGGAUAUGCUGAUCCCUAUCACAAGAGACCUAUGACAAUGGGUGAAGUGGGGUGUUUUCUCAGUCAUCUGUCCAUCUGGCGCAGAAUUGUCAAUGAGAAUCUUCAGGAAGUUCUGAUCCUUGAGGAUGACAUUCGUUUUGAACCUUUCUUCCGGGAUAGAUUCAGCAGUUUGCUAAAUGAAGCCCGUUAUCGAGGGAAUUGGGAUCUCAUAUAUUUAGGUAGGAAGCGUCUGCAUGAGUCUUCAGAACCCUGGGUGGAAGAUUCCAAUCAGCUCGUCUAUCCGUCAUAUUCCUACUGGACAUUGGGCUAUCUUAUAUCCAAGCAGGGCGCUAAAAAACUCCUGGAAGCUCAUCCAUUGGCCAAAUUGGUGCCAGUGGAUGAAUUUCUGCCCAUAAUGUUCGAUAAACAUCCCAAUGAUGAGUGGAAAAGUGCCUUUUCACCGAGAAACCUCAUUGCCAUGAGUGCUGCUCCACUUCAACUCUAUCCCACCCAUUAUACCGGUGAAGAAGGAUAUAUUUCUGACACUGAAGACUCCAUCCAGAUUCCCCUCAAUUCCGGCGAAGUUUUCGAUGUGCCGAGAAAGAGUGACAAGGCCAAUCAGGCACUUGAAAUGGACAAAGUAGGAAAACCCCUUCUUGAUGGUGCCAUAAAUGAUCGCUGGACGAAUAAGGAGGAUCACAGCGAUCUCUAGAGACUCUCCAAGACAAUUUUUCUUAGUCCAUAUGAUGUGCCUUAAUGCCAAAUAAUGAGCAAUAGAGUUAAAUAUUUUUUAUACAAAUUCUGCUUUUUUGCAUUUAAAGUGUCUUUUAUACCAAGAAAUAAAAUCUCUUCUAAAUGUGUUUCUUUUUAAGCAAAUGAUCAAUAAAACGAUCUCUCACGA